AUGAAAUUGUGGGCCAAAUUAGGUCGAGAUGUGGUGCGUCUACCGGUGCUGAUGUUCAUUCACGGGGAGUCAUACGAGUGGAAUUCCGGGUCCAGUUAUGACGGUUCAGUUCUGGCCGGUUAUGGCAAUGUAGUGGUCGUCACCAUUAAUUACCGGAUCGGCGUUUUAGGUUUCUUCCCAUCCCUGGACGGCACAGCCAGAGGUAAUUUCGGUCUAAUGGAUCAGGUGGCGGGUCUUCAUUGGAUCCAAGAGAAUAUUAAAGAGUUCGGCGGCGAUGAGACCAACGUAACCAUCGUCGGUCACGGACACGGAGCCGCUUGUGUCAACUUCUUAAUGCUCUCCCCUAUGGCCAGAGGUCUGUUUCAUCGGGCAAUUAUGCAAAGCGGAUCAGCUCUGUCUCCGUGGGCCAUAGCGUCGGACGCAGUGACACAUUCACGCAAUUUGGCCAAAGCCUUGCGCUGUCCCGACGAACCCGACAAGAACUCAGUGAUGGUUGACUGUCUGCGCCAGCGAUCGGUCGAUGAUAUCAUUGCCGUCGAUCUCCGAGUGCCCACUCAUUUGACUGCUUUCGGGCCCGUCAUCGACGGUAUAGUCAUCCCCAAUGAUCCGGCGGUCCUCAUGUCCGACACGAACUCGUUUUACGCCAAUUACGACCUGAUGUUUGGAGUGACCAAAAUCGAGGCAUACAAUCAAUUCACAGCACAUGACGAACGCAAUGGUAUUGAUCCUCAAAGAAGGGAUAGACUCCUGAGAACACUCAUCAGAAAUCUAUUUUCAUAUCAUUUACAAGAAAUCUUCUUAACGGUUGUCAACGAAUACACUGAUUGGACGCGACCAGCACUCCAUCCCAUCAGCACUUUUGAUUCAAUUGCCGACUCAUUUGGCGAUGCGUUGAUUGUGUCGCCCAUUAUAAGGGCCGGACUAAUGCACUCGAGGGUCAAGAAGAGCACAUAUUUCUACAACUUUGCCUAUCAGACAGAAGAGGGAGAUUUCAACUCACGUUCCGGUUGUAUUCACGGCCAGGACUUGGCCUAUCUGUUUGGGGCACCUCUGGUCUCCGGAAUGCAGUUCUCAUUCUUCUCCAACAACUAUUCCAGGGCUGAGAGCGCUCUCUCGGAAACAGUAAUGACAUAUUGGACUAACUUCGCUAAGACUGGUGACCCGAACGGCGCGGCCAAUAGUGAUGAGCGAAACACUGCCAACGCUAAGGGAAGAGUGCAAUGGCCUCCAUAUGACGAUAUACAGCAACAAUACUUAACGAUCGCAAUGAAGCCCAAGAGUAAGGAUCAUUAUCACGCGCACAGACUCUCAUAUUGGCUUAAUCUGUUGCCACAACUUCACACUCCCGGCCCAUCCAAUGCUGAUGAACACCAUUUAUUAGAGGCACACGACGACCCACUCAGCUAUGAUGGUGUGGUGCGCUCGAGCUCUCUCUCGGCUCCGACACCAUUAAGCCAUUACUUCACCACUCACUCCACCGCCGACACCAUCGACGCCACUGUCGGGCCGUCAGUCGUCAACAGCACACAUAACUCAAGCCAUAUGUUGGCGACGCCGACGAGAACGGCGCCGGUGUUGGCCGAUAAGACCCAUCAACAAAGUGCCUUAGAUUCCGGGGCCGCCAAAGCCAACGGCAAUUCCAGCAACGCAUCCGUUUCAAUGAUUGUCCAGCAAAGCACGUACUCCACAGCCCUCUCCGUCACCAUCGCUAUCGGAUGUUCACUACUUAUACUCAAUGUAUUGGUCUUCGCAGGAGUUUUCUAUCAAAGAGAUAAGAAUCGAUUGGAAGCCAAACUCAUUCGCAAGAAUUAUCAGAUUCAAAAGAUGGAUGAGCUAAGUAUGACAAAGAAUCCGAGCUCUCAAUCGCCACUUAAGCAGCACUCGGGCCCAAUCGAUGCCAACUCAGCCACAGUCCAUCUGCACUCCAACUCCAUUCAAAGUGAUCCAUACGUGCCGGGAAUGGCAGGGAUGGCAGGGAUGGCAGGUAUGGCCACUUCCAGCCAAAAGCAUUCGCACAAUUCAAUGCUCAUAAGCCAAGACUCGCCGACAACGCUGUCGUGUCACGUGCCUAUGGCUUCGGGCAAUCGGUUGGCACACGUCUCGAUGGCUAACACCACGUUUCACAACAAUUCCGUGCGAACUCUGCCCCGAAUGGACCACAAAGUGGCCACAGUUAACGUCAUCAACACCGGUGCCAAUACGGCUACUCUCGGUCACCAACAAAGGCAUACGAUGUCACACGAGAUGAGAGUUUGACAAUUCAAGACCACUUCAGUCUAAUUGAUAAUUCAAUUAUUACAUUGGAUUGAAUUGUAGUAAAACUGAUUUAUACGGAAUUUAUAUGUAUAGUGUGUGCCUCAAAGCCAACUACUGGUCAACACUUCAAUUACCUUCAGUGACAAACAUUUAGCACUGAAAUGGUUGCAAACCUUAGACUAUAUCCGAAGAAUACGUUUGUUUAAUAAAUUGUGAAUUGACUGCAAUUUGUGGCCCAAAAUGGUGUGAAUGGUAU